UUACAAAAUAAAUUGCCACCAAAGUUGAAAGACCCAGGGAGUUUCACCAUCCCGUGCACCAUUGGCAGCUUAUAUUUUGAACGAUCCUUAUGUGAUUUGGGUGCUAGCAUUAAUUUGAUGCCAUUCUCUAUCUUUCAAAAGCUUGGUUUAGGUGAAGCAAAACCUACAAGGGUGUCAUUGCAGCUAGCGGAUCGGUCCGUGAAACAUCCACGUGGAAUUGUUGAAGAUAUCUUGGUAAAAGUGGACAAGUUUAUAUUUCCAGCAGAUUUCAUUAUUUUGGAUAUGGCUGAAGAUAGGGAUAUUCCCCUUAUUUUGGGGCGACCUUUUCUAGCUACUGGACGAGCUCUUAUUGAUGUGCAAAAAGGACAACUCAUGUUAAGGCUGAAUGAUGAGCAAAUCACUUUUAAUGUGUUUAAAGCACUGAAAUUUCCUACGGCUUCAGAUUCUUGUUUUCAGAUUGAUACUUUGGACAAAGAGAUAGAAAAUACAUUCACUUUGAAUCAACCAUCAGAUCCUUGGGAAGCAUGUGUGAUGCACUCACAAGUUGAAGAUACCGACUCGGCUACGAUUGAAGAAUGUGUCAAAUAUUUGCAAAGAUCUGAACUUAUUCAAAAGGGAAAGCAGUACAAGGCAUUGGGCACGGGACCUCCACGACCUUUACCUUCCAUUCAACAAGCUCCGAAAUUAGAGCUAAAGCAGCUGCCAUCCCAUCUUCGGUAUGCCUAUUUGGGUGAGUCCUCUACUCUUCCAGUUAUCAUUGCUAAGUCCAUUAACCAAGAAGAAGAGGAAAAGUUACUCCGGGUGCUUCGGGAACAUAAAUCAGCUCUUGGAUGGACUAUAGCUGAUAUAAAAGGUAUUAGCCCAUCUCUUUGCAUGCACAAGAUAUUAAUGGAAGACACUUACAAGCCGGUAGUACAACAUCAGCGACGGCUAAAUCCUCAUCUACAAGAAGUGAAGGGAGGUAUUACAGUGGAAAAGAACGAAAAUAAUGAGCUCAUUCCAGUUCGACCUAUUACCGGAUGGCGGGUUUGCAUCGACUAUCGUAAGUUGAAUGAUGCAACACGAAAAGAUCAUUUUCCCCUACCAUUCAUUGAUCAAAUGUUGGAGCGCUUAGCAGGUCAUUCCCACUAUUGUUUCCUUGAUGGCUAUUCGGGAUACAAUCAAAUUCCAAUAGCUCCAGAAGACCAAGAGAAGACAACGUUCACUUGUCCAUAUGGUACAUUCGCCUACCGACGGAUGCCUUUUGGUUUGUGCAAUGCCCCUGCCACUUUUCAGCGGUGUAUGAUGUCAAUCUUCUCUGAUAUGGUAGAAAGAUUUAUUGAAGUGUUCAUGGAUGAUUUUUCGGUCUUUGGUUCUUCAUAUGACGAAUGCUUAAAAAACUUGACACUUGUUUUGAAGCGUUGUGAAGAAACAAACUUGGUGCUCAAUUGGGAGAAAUGUCACUUCAUGGUCCAAGAGGGAAUUGUAUUGGGACACCGAAUUUCAGUUAGGGGUAUUGAAGUUGACAAGGCAAAAAUUCAAGUGAUUGAGAAGCUUCCUCCGCCCACAUCCGUCAAGGGUAUCCGCAGUUUUUUGGGACAUGCCGGUUUUUAUAGACGAUUUAUUAAGGAUUUCUCCAAGAUUACAAAACCUUUAUGCAACUUGUUGGAGAAGGAUGUAAAAUUUACAUUUUCUGAGGAGUGCCUAAAAUCAUUUACCACUCUAAAGGAAAAGUUAAUUUCUGCACCUAUUAUUGUGGCACCAGAUUGGAACAUGCCGUUCGAAUUAAUGUGUGAUGCUAGUGACUAUGCAGUUGGGGCAGUGUUGGGACAACGAAGGGACAAGGUCGUACAUGUGAUUUACUAUGCAAGUCGGACUCUCAAUGAUGCCCAAAUGAACUAUGCCACAACAGAAAAAGAGCUACUAGCGGUGGUCUUUGCUUUCGAAAAAUUUCGAUCAUACCUCAUUGGUUCAAAGGUGAUUGUUUAUACUGAUCAUGCCGCACUGAAAUAUUUAUUUUCAAAAAAAGAGGCAAAACCAAGGCUAAUCCGCUGGGUCCUACUUCUCCAAGAGUUUGAUUUGGAAAUUCGAGAUAAGAGAGGAUGUGAGAAUGUGGUAGCCGACCACCUCUCAAGAUUGGAGCAACAAAAUCAAUCCGAAACAGGGGAUAUUAAUGAAAAAUUUCCAGAUGAGCAGCUUCUAAGAGUGGAACGAGCAAGCAGCGAAACAGAGGUACCAUGGUAUGCCGACUAUGUUAAUUACCUUGCAAGUAACAUUGUACCUCCUGAUUAUGAUUACCAUCAAAGAAAAAAAUUCUUUUCGGAGCUCAAAUUCUAUUUUUGGGAGGAUCCCAUCCUUUAUCGGAGAGGAGCAGAUCAAGUAAUCUGGAGGUGUGUUCCAGAAGAUGAAAAAUGUGAUAAAUGCCAAAGAAUGGGGAACAUCUCCAGGAAGCACGAGAUGCCCUUACAUGGCAUUCUUGAGGUUGAAUUAUUUGAUGUUUGGGGCAUUGACUUUAUGGGGCCGUUUCCAUCCUCAUUCUCCAAUUUAUACAUCCUAGUGGCAGUGGAUUAUGUCUCCAAGUGGGUCGAAGCAGUAGCACUACCAACUAACGAUGGCCGAGCAGUGGUAAGUUUUCUGAAAACGAACAUCUUCACUCGUUUUGGAACUCCUAGGGCCAUUAUCAGUGAUGGCGGGAAGCAUUUUUGUAACCGGCAUUUCGAAGCUCUUUUGGCGAAGUACGGGGUAAGGCAUAAAGUUGCUACGCCAUACCACCCCCAAACAAGUGGCCAAGUGGAAAUUUUGAAUAGAGAGAUAAAGAAGAUCCUUGAGCUUACAGUGAGUACUUCUCGAAAGGAUUGGUCUAAGAAGUUGGACGAUGCAUUAUGGGCAUACAGAACGGCCUUCAAAACUCCGAUUGGUAUGUCCCCAUAUCGCCUCGUUUUUGGCAAAGCAUGUCACUUACCUGUUGAGCUAGAGCACCGGGCAUAUUGGGCAAUGAAGAAGCUGAACUUUGAUCUCAAGCAAGCUGGUGAGAAACGGUUGCUACAGCUAAAUGAAAUGGAUGAGUUCCGGUUGGAGGCCUAUGAGAAUGCCAAAUUAUAUAAGGAGAAAACUAAGAAAUGGCAUGAUCAGCAUGUAAACAGAAAACAAUUUGAGGUUGAUGGCUAUUCGGGAUACAAUCAAAUUCCAAUAGCUCCAGAAGACCAAGAGAAGACAACGUUCACUUGUCCAUAUGGUACAUUCGCCUACCGACGGAUGCCUUUUGGUUUGUGCAAUGCCCCUGCCACUUUUCAGCGGUGUAUGAUGUCAAUCUUCUCUGAUAUGGUAGAAAGAUUUAUUGAAGUGUUCAUGGAUGAUUUUUCGGUCUUUGGUUCUUCAUAUGACGAAUGCUUAAAAAACUUGACACUUGUUUUGAAGCGUUGUGAAGAAACAAACUUGGUGCUCAAUUGGGAGAAAUGUCACUUCAUGGUCCAAGAGGGAAUUGUAUUGGGACACCGAAUUUCAGUUAGGGGUAUUGAAGUUGACAAGGCAAAAAUUCAAGUGAUUGAGAAGCUUCCUCCGCCCACAUCCGUCAAGGGUAUCCGCAGUUUUUUGGGACAUGCCGGUUUUUAUAGACGAUUUAUUAAGGAUUUCUCCAAGAUUACAAAACCUUUAUGCAACUUGUUGGAGAAGGAUGUAAAAUUUACAUUUUCUGAGGAGUGCCUAAAAUCAUUUACCACUCUAAAGGAAAAGUUAAUUUCUGCACCUAUUAUUGUGGCACCAGAUUGGAACAUGCCGUUCGAAUUAAUGUGUGAUGCUAGUGACUAUGCAGUUGGGGCAGUGUUGGGACAACGAAGGGACAAGGUCGUACAUGUGAUUUACUAUGCAAAUGGGUACUCAGGGUACAAUCAGAUAGAAAUUGCACUAGAAGAUCAAGAGAAGACAACUUUCACAUGUCCAUUUGGGACAUUUGCAUACAGGCGCAUGCCAUUUGGGUUAUGCAAUGCUCCAGCCACCUUUCAAAGGUGUAUGAUGAGCAUUUUCAGUGAAAUGGUUGAGCAGAUUGUUGAAGUAUUUAUGGAUGACUUUUCUGUUUAUGGAAGUAACUUUGAGGCCUGUUUGGAGAAUUUGAAAAAGGUUUUAGCAAGAUGUGAGGAAACAAAUCUGAUACUCAAUUGGGAAAAAUGUCACUUCAUGGUGAAACAGGGCAUAGUCUUGGGGCACAUCGUUUCAUCUAGGGGGAUGGAGGUAGACAGAUCAAAAAUUGAAACAAUUCAAAAACUCCCCAUCCCUAGGAAUGUGAAAGACAUCAGAAGUUUUUUGGGACAUGCAGGGUUUUAUAGGAGAUUCAUUGCUUCCUUUAGCACCAUAACAAGACCCUUGUGCCAUUUGUUGUCUCAAGAUGUUCCGUUUGAAUGGAGUCCUGCCUGUCAAAAUGCUUUUGAUAAAUUGAAAGAUGCACUCAUUUCAGCACCUAUCAUUCAGUCCCCUGAUUGGUCCCUCCCGUUUGAACUUAUGUGCGAUGCUAGUGAUUACGCGGUAGGAGCUGUGUUAGGGCAGAGGAAGGAUAAGAAACCUCAUGUGAUAUACUAUGCUAGCAAAACUCUUAAUGAGGCACAAAAGAAUUACACCACUACAGAGAAAGAGUUACUAGCAGUUGUCUUUGCCCUGGACAAGUUCCGAUCUUACCUCGUAGGGUCACUAGUGAUCAUUUUUACUGAUCACGCUGCUCUGAAGUAUUUGUUCACAAAGCAAGAUGCAAAACCCCGUCUGCUCCGAUGGAUCUUACUCCUGCAAGAGUUCAACAUUGAAAUCAGAGACAAGAAGGGAGUAGAAAAUGUGGUGGCUGACCAUUUGUCAAGGAUUCCAAGUCAAGAUCUCACACAAUUUGAUGAACCAAUUCAUGACAAUUUCCCUGAUGAGCAACUGUUUGAAGUGAAUGUUAUUCGUGCAUCAUCUGUUGUCCCUUGGUAUGCUGACAUUGCGAACUACCUGGCAACUGGUCUGAUCCCAGACCAUUGGAGUAAGCAAGAUAGGCAUAAAUUUUUCAGAAAAGUCAGAACCUUCUUUUGGGAUGAGCCCUACCUCUUCAAGUAUUGUCCUGAUCAAAUCAUCCGUAGAUGCAUACCCGAUCAUGAGCAACAAAGUGUCAUCAAUUUCUGUCAUACUCUUGCAUGUGGAGGCCAUUUUUCUGUCAAGAAAACAGUUGCAAAAAUUUUUCAGAGUGGAUUUUAUUGGCCGACAUUGUUCAAGGAUGUGUACAAGUUCUGUUCAAAUUGUGAUCGAUGUCAAAGGUUAGGAAGUCUGUCAAGGAGAAACAUGAUGCCAUUACAUCCGAUCCAAGUGUUAGAAGUUUUUGACUGUUGGGGUAUGGAUUUUAUGGGCCCAUUUGUCAAUUCAUUUGGUCAUGAAUAUAUCUUACUUGCUGUUGACUAUGUGUCCAAAUGGGUAGAAGCAAUCCCGGCCAGAACAAAUGACCAUAGGACUGUCGUGAAAUUUUUGAAAGAAAACAUAUUCAGUCGAUUUGGGAUGCCACGAGCAAUCAUCAGUGAUGGGGGUUCCCAUUUUUGUAAUAAAGUUGUGGCAGGAUUAAUGAAGAAAUAUGGUGUACUGCAUAAGGUUGCAACACCAUACCAUCCCCAAACCAAUGGUCAAGCCGAGCUAGCCAAUAGGGAGAUUAAGCGCAUAUUGGAAAAGACUGUUGCUGCUAAUCGUAAGGAUUGGUCCUUAAGACUAGUAGACGCUCUUUGGGCAUACAGGACAGCUUACAAAACAAUUUUGGGAAUGUCUCCCUAUAGGCUAGUAUACGGUAAAUCUUGUCAUCUGCCGGUGGAAAUUGAGCAUAAAGCAUAUUGGGCAAUUCAUAAGAUCAACAAGAGUCUAACUGAAGCAGGCUUAUCCAGGAAGCUCCAAUUGAAUGAACUUGAGGAAAUUCGGAAUGAAGCAUUUGAAAAUGCACGAUUGGCCAAGGUUCGCAUGAAAGAGUUACAUGAUCGGCACAUCAUUCGAAAAAGCUUUCAGGUAGGGCAACAGGUACUCUUGUACGAUUCUCGAUUGCAUCUAUUCCCAGGAAAAUUGAAGUCUCGAUGGGUCGGCCCUUUUGUAAUCAAGUUCAUCUCAGGAUAUGGGUCAUUUGAGAUAGAAAAUCCGGAGUCAGGACAGCUUCUAACAGUCAAUGGUCAUAGGUUGAAACCAUACCAGGGUAGUGUUGAGGAGAAUGAAGGAGUUGUGGAUUUGGAUGAUCCACCAUCAUCUGAUGAAUAAGGGAAGUUUCAUGUCGUCUGGGAAUCUGACGUUAAAAGACCACCUUUCCAUUUAGGUUAAAUGGAUGUUUAUAGAUCUGAAAAAAAAAAAAUAAAAAAUAAAAAUAAUAAUAAUAAUAAUAAUAAUAAUAAAGAAGUAUAUAUAUAAGUUGUUCAUUUUCUGCAUUACUUAAUUAACUUUGAUUCAAAUAGUGUUUCUCUGUAUGCAGUCUAAAUAAAAAUUUUUCCAUACGAGUUCAUGUAUUGAAGACCGUCAGGUAUGCCUAUCUUCUAUCCUUUUAUUGCCGAUUGAGGACAAUGCGCAAUUUAAGUUGGGGGGUAAGGUGUACUUAUUGAUUUAUUAGUGAAAUAAUUUUGAUUGACUUGAUAAUAUUGUCUUGUGUGAUAUAUAUGAUUUUAUUG